GUUUGAAACGCAGACCAGUUGCUUGCCUUUCGUUGGCAUACCUUUAAUUUUCCUUUAUACACCUUUUCCUAUCCUCCUCCCCUUUUUCUGUUCCUCUGGUCUUUCCUUACCCCUUUGUAUACUUUUUGCUCGCACAGAGCUAUGGGCGCUGUCAGCAGUUGUUGUGAAUCCUGUUUCCGUUCCAGGAGAUCUCAGCAGUAUGAACCUCUUCUUCUCGAGAAUGAACGAGAGGCAGUCGCAGACCUUCUCCAAUAUCUAGAGAACCGCACCACCACCAACUUUUUCCAAGGCUCCCCACUCACCGCAUUGACGACCCUCUCUUUUUCCGAUAAUGUCGACUUGCAGCGCAGUGCUGCACUUGCAUUCGCCGAAAUCACUGAGAAGGAAGUGCGCCCCGUGGGGCGGGAUACGCUCGACCCAAUUCUUUUCCUCCUGAGCAGUCAGGACACGGAGGUGCAGCGUGCUGCUAGCGCUGCCCUUGGAAACUUGGCCGUUAACACUGAUAACAAGCUCCUCAUCGUGAAACUCGGAGGCCUGGAGCCACUCAUUCGCCAGAUGUUGAGCCCAAAUGUUGAGGUGCAGUGUAACGCGGUAGGCUGUGUCACAAACCUUGCAACGCAUGAUGACAACAAGACGAAGAUCGCUAAGUCAGGCGCACUUGUUCCGCUUACUCGCUUAGCACGGUCCAAGGAUAUGCGCGUUCAAAGAAACGCUACUGGGGCCCUAUUAAACAUGACCCACUCAGAUGAGAAUCGACAGCAGCUUGUAAACGCCGGUGCCAUCCCCGUGCUGGUGAGCUUGUUGAAUUCGAUGGACACAGAUGUCCAGUACUAUUGCACGACCGCAUUGAGUAAUAUUGCCGUCGAUGGAGCAAAUAGAAAGAAACUAGCACAGAACGAAUCAAAGCUCGUUACGAGCUUAGUAGCCCUUAUGGAUAGCCCGAGUUUAAAGGUUCAGUGUCAAGCUGCCCUUGCUCUACGGAAUUUGGCUAGUGAUGAGAAAUACCAACUAGAAAUCGUCAAAGCUGACGGUCUUACUUCACUUCUCCGACUGCUCCAGUCUACUUACCUCCCACUCAUCCUAUCUUCUGCUGCCUGUGUCCGUAACGUCUCCAUUCACCCACAGAACGAGUCCCCUAUCAUCGAGUCCGGGUUCUUGCAACCGCUCAUUAACCUUCUGUCAUUUAAAGACAACGAGGAGGUUCAAUGCCACGCCAUUUCCACACUGCGUAAUCUUGCUGCCAGCUCGGAGAAGAAUAAGACGGCGAUCGUGAAAGCAGGCGCGGUGCAGAGCAUUAAAGAACUCGUGCUAGAAGUGCCAAUGAAUGUGCAGAGCGAAAUGACUGCCUGUGUCGCCGUGUUAGCCCUGAGCGAUGAGCUCAAGGGCCAAUUGCUUGAGAUGGGUAUCUGUGAAGUACUGAUUCCGUUGACGAAUUCACCUAGCUCAGAAGUCCAGGGCAACAGUGCUGCCGCCCUUGGUAAUCUAUCAUCGAAAGAUGGCCGAACUGCAUCUGAUGACUACUCUGCAUUUAAUGACGUAUGGGAGAAGCCUGAUGGCGGCAUGCACCGAUACCUUUAUAAUUUCUUGACAAGCGUAGACGCCACCUUCCAGCACAUUGCGGUCUGGACGAUCGUCCAACUACUGGAAUCGGGAGAUCCUCAGUUGAUCAGCAAUAUCCGCCUUUCUGGCCUUUUGAACCCCUCGAUCAGACAGCUUGCACUGUCACGUACACCAUCGGCGACGUCUUCUGUUGGUACGCCUCGCUCGCACCGGUCACAGUCACAGUCAUACGCAGAUACCGAUGCUGGCGAUGGUCAGGGGGAGAUCCAACUGCUUGCGCGGCGUAUUUUAGAGUUUGUUGACGGGGAUACUGAUGGAGGACUUCCGCGAAGCGUAGCUGGAUCUCAUAUGGCGGGGUCUUCUGUUAGCAGUGCUAGGGAUGAGGAACUCAGAAGGAGCGUGCGGGAGGCGUUCUCGUCUGGUUCGCACCACUAGCCGGGGUGGCUAGUAGGAACGGUAUAUAUCCUUCGUUCACGGUCUGUGCUUGGCCUUUCCGUUGUACAUCCUUUGCCUUGUUGUGCAUCUUCUUUCCUUAAUCGUAUACUUAUGUUUUUAGUUUUUUUUGUCUCGUGGCUGAUGAGUUUUCUUUUUUUAACGGUUUCCGAUGCCUCACGUUGGUUGAACGGUGAUGAUUAUGACUGGAUGCUUGUGACGAAUAGACUUUACUGUUGCGUGUCACCUGGUCAGGUCCCGGUAUGCAAGUAAUUUCCUAAUGGAGUAAUUGAAUUACUAAAUUUAAAUCUUACCAUUGUUCCACGAC